UGGAUUUGACGCCUCGCAUUCGAGACAAUCCGCGUCCUUGACGACCGGGAUGGUCCGUGUCUUGCAAGCAUGAGCAGGCUGCGGCGGCAAUCACGGAAUACAGGUCUCUGAGCAGGGAAUCCAUCGCCACACCAUGAAGACGCUCGACGCCGGAGGCGCGACCUCACCGUCGCCCUCCCGCCGGCGAAGGCCUCGCUUUAGCUUACGCGCUCGAAAGAAGAAGGGCGGAGCCAUCCGAGGCAAGCUUCGCCUGCGUUCUCUAGCCGGAGCCUUCCUGGCGCUCGGGGUGGUGGUGGUCACGAUGGGCGCGGCUCUGGCUGUGGCGGGAUACCGAAUGUCGCGCCGGCCCGCGGCGGGAGCGGCGGAGGGCGACGGCGUGUCCCAGCCGGCGGGGGAUCGGAGCCGGGGGGGCCACGGCUUCCCGUCGUCGGUCAGCGAGCGGAUGAAGCUGCUGGGUCCCGUCGUCAUGGGGGUGGGACUCUUCAUCCUCAUCUGCGCCAACACCGUCUUGUAUGAGAACCGCGACAGAGAGACUCAGGUGCUGCUCGCUCAGAUGCGCAGCGUCAUCUGCUCCGUGUCCGCCGCCGUUCCCUCGGCCGACCUGCGAGAAAUGGCGGCGGCCAACUUCCUGUCCAAACAUCACUGGGUCAGCACUCUGCCCGCCGCACAACUCAACAGCUUCGACCGCCGGCGAGCGGCGGGGCCCGUCGACCGCCGGCGGGACGCCUCGGGAGGCGUCGACCGGCAAGAGUGCAGCCAAGUGGACUUCAGGGCGCCGAUCUUGAACACCCGACCCGACGCCCCGCUCGCAAAGGUCAAACGCCGCCCGAUGUCCGCCGGCUCGGUGUCCGCUCGGGGGGCGGACGACGCGGACAUUCCGGCCGCCGGGCGGCCUCGCCGCUGCCAUAGUAUGAGCUACAGGACUAAAGCGGACGAGGCUCGGUCCGCUUUGGCGUGCGCGGGGGAAGCACUUUACCAUCAACCGCUUACGAGACGAGAAGCUCUUUCGCGGGUUAGCAUCGACGUUGGCGGACAGGUCGCGGAUGCCUCCGAAGAGCUGGCGCACGGAAGCUGGCCUCGGCUGGACCCGGCCGGCGGGAGACGCUACCUGAAGCUGGAGAACAAAGAGGACUCUGUGGACCAACUGCUGGAGCGCUUGGAGCGGCGCUGUCCGCGGGGCGAGAAGAGCUUUGGUUCGGGACCUUUCCAGUGAGGAACACUUAAGAGUUAGCCAAAAAAGUUACGACUCCUCUUUCGAUUGAAACGUUUCUUCCCCACCCCCCCAAAAACUGGCGGAUUGUCGCAACUCACGACGUCGGUAUCGAAACGGGACACGCCAAGUUGUACUUCGGUCAACUCGCCACGUUUGUUUGCUGGUUGCUAACGCAGAAUUAGCUUGUCGGCAAUGAGAUUGUUUCCCUGCGGGGGGGGGGGGGGGGCUCGUGCUGAACGUCUCCCGGUAUUUAUGAGGAGGGUCCUCCCGGCUCUUCAAGUAUGCCCCCCGCCCAGACCGCUUUGUGAUCCAAUAGAACAACGGACGGGUCAAAAACGGCCGUCGGUGAGGUCACCGUUGCUACGGCGACCCGGCACUCCCUGUCCACCUUCAAUCUCCGCGUCUCUGUCGUUCUUGUCUCUGUGGAUGCCUGUUGUGUGCUCUAAAUGUAUACGAAGCAAUAUUAGCGGCGCCGACGGGACGAUCGCUGGCUAUGUCUUGGCCCUUUGUCAAAACCACCGCAUUAAAAAGCGCGGCCACGCCUGCGUC